UGGAAGGGGUGUCUGUGGAAGAAGUAGACACACGGAUAAUGAUGGUGAUUAUGAAGGUAAUGAUGAUUUCGCCAACCUUGGGGGAGGAUCCGUCAACGUAACGCGGCGCGCACACGCUCACUCACUUUGCAUUCGCUCUUCCUCCUUCAGCCGCGAUGCUCCCUCAGCACGAAUGAAGCCGCAGUCUGGAGAUGCUUCAUACACACACACACACACACACACGCAGCGCCUGGGCUGGAGAUAGGAGGAAAACGCUGAUAUUUCCUGUUCGUUUUGUUGGAUUUAAUUUGAAGUAUUUUCUCCAGCGGAAUCCGUCGCUGUGAAAACUCGAGGAUGCACACUUUAAACGCACGAGUGAAGAGCAGGCGGACCGAGGCCAGCCUGGGAGCGGAGAGGGAGCAUUUUGACAAACGGCAGCCCUGUAUCCUUAACACAACAACAGGGAUCAUUCUCGGAACUCACAGGGAGAAGGGGGCCUACACCUUCUGGUCCUACGCUCUGGGAUUCCCUUUGGCCAGCAGUUCCAUCCUCAGCUGGAAGUUCUGCCAUGUACUGCACAAAGUCCUACGAGAUGGACACGUCCUGCAAGACUGUAUGAGACAUCACAGCUCCCUUGUUGAAAUUGGGAAACUGUGGGGAAGCAACCUCCAUGACAGAUAUGGACAACUCGUUGUUCUGUAUACCAAGCUGCUUUGCACAAAAAUGGAGUUUCAUGCAAAGCACUCAGAAAUCCCACCGAACCUGGAGGUGACAGAUGAAGUCCUGGAGCGCACUGCAGGAACUGAUAUUAAUAAUGUGUUCCAGCUCACAGUGGAGGUGUUUGAUUACCUGGACGGAGAGCUGAAGCUGGCCGAGACAGUAAUUCGACAGCUCAACACAUCCAUCGCCAUCUCCACCCUCACAUCAGGCCAGUGUAGGCUGUCUCACUCAUCCAAGUUACCAGGACGCAGUCACCUUUACCACUUCAUCAAGCUGCUGUUCAAGCUGCAUGCCUGUCUCCCUGGAACUUUACAAGGACACCGUGAUCGUUUCCAUGACCAGUUUCACAGUUGUCGUUUCUUUGUCCCACAGCCUAAGACCUUCUUCAACAGAGCCAGAGACAUGAUGUACUUCAAGAGACUGAUCCAGAUCCCAAAGCUGCCUGAUUCCCCUCCGAAUUUCCUGCGCGCUUCGCUGGCCAAGCAUGUUACUGUGGUGGUGAUCCCUGAUGAGUAUGAACCGGAACAACAAGAUGAUGAUGAUGAUGAGCCCGAGCCACUCAUUGAGGUCAGCGACAUUGCCACAUCCAGCAUGCAGUCACAGCCACAGCAACUGGACAUAUUUGAUCAGACGUUUGGACCUCCAAAUGGAGGCUUCGAUGACAGAGAUUUGCAGAUUGAGAGUCUGAAGCGUGACUUGGAUUUGUUGAGAGCCGAGCUGGAGAGGGUUAAAGCAGAGGCUCAGCGAUACAUCACUCAGCUGAAGUCCCAAAUCAACAGUCUGGAGGCGGAGCUGGAAGAACAGCGUGCACAGAAACAACGAGCUCUGGUGGAAAAUGAACAGCUGCGCAUGGAGCUGGAGGCUACACGUCGCCGAAACUCGGAACAUGAGAACAUACAGUCUACCUUCAUUGAAGCAGAAAAGCGAGCGCAGGCCACUGAGCAGAGGUACAAUAAGCUGAAGGAGAAGCACACAGAGCUGGUGUCCAGCCAUGCUGAACUACUGAGGAGGAGUGCAGACACUGUGAAGAUGCUGUCAGAGACACAGCAGACUCAGGACGAUGUAGAGAGAACCAAACAGCAGCUGGCAUUUGAGGUUGAUCGAAUAAAACAGGAAGCUGACAUGAAGUUAGAAGAGCAGAAGUUUGAGAUGGAGAAGCUGAGGAGGGAGUUGAACGAGAAGCUGGCAGAAGUGACACGAAUCAAGGCAACUCUGCAGAGCAGUGAGACUGCUUCGGAGCAAGUGAACAGCUCUAUGACGGCUCUGCAGGCAGAGAAGGAGCGUCUGAUGCGGUCAGUGAGCGAGAAGGAGGCGGAGCUGUCCUCUCUGCGGCAGGCCGCGCAGGUGCAGCAGUCAUCGCUUCAGCAGGAGCGAGAUAGGAGCAGCAGGGAGCUGGGAGAGCUGCAGGGCAAACUACAGGAGAAGUCAAGUCAGGAGGAGAAGCUGAAGCAGAAGCUCCUAGAGGAGCAGUUUGCUCUGCUGCAGGGAACCAUCACAGAGGCUGAAAACAUCAUCCAGGAUGCUGUGGCUAAGCUGGAUGAUCCCCUACAUUGUACGAUUGCACCAGCUUCUCCAGAUUACCUCAUAAGUCGUGCAGAGGCCACCCUGGGCUCCUAAGACAAAGUGAAAAAGGGACAUGCGGAUUAUCUGGGUAACAUGAGGGAUGCUGGAGGGCUGCUCAGGGCUCUGACCCAAUUCUCCCACUUGGCUGCGGAUACAAUCAUUAACGGCACGGCCACUGCACACAUGGCGCCUACUGAUCAUGCAGACAAGCUGACAGAGAACUGCAGAGGCUGUGCCACUGAGAGUCUGCAGUUCUUCCAAGAUUUGAAGUCCAAGACCUCACUCCAGAGGGCAGACCCGGCCUCAUCCGCUUAGUUGUUCAAAGAUCCUGAACUUGGGCCAGAGCUGCGUCCUAAAGGCAUGGAUGUUCGUCAGGAUGCUGGUGAUUUGGUCGAAGAAAUGGCUGCAACAUCAGCAGCUAUUGAAGAGGCUGUUCGUAGGAUUGACGAAAUGAUGAAUCAGGCACGAAAAGACACCUCAGGGGUGAAACUGGAGGUUAAUGAAAGAAUCCUGUACAGCUGCACCGACCUCAUGAAGGCCAUCCGCAUGCUGAUCAUCGCAUCCACGGACUUGCAGAAGGAGAUAGUCGAGGGAGGAAGGGGGGCAGCUUCAAUGAAGGAGUUCUAUGCCCGAAACUCUCGCUGGACUGAGGGACUCAUCUCGGCUGCCAAGGCUGUGGGAUGGGGAGCCACAGAGAUGGUGGAGUCCGCUGAUAAGGUGGUGCUGCACACGGGGAAAUAUGAGGAGCUUAUUGUUUGCUCUCACGAGAUCGCUGCCAGCACAGCACAGCUGGUCGCUGCCUCAAAGGUGAAGGCAGACCGUCACAGUAAAAAGCUGCCGGUCCUCCAGCAGGCUUCUCGCCAUGUGAACGAAAUGGCAGCUAAUGUAGUGGCUUCAACAAGGACAGGCCAGGAGCACCUGGAGGAAAAGGAUACCAUGGACUUCUCUGGUUUGUCCCUCAUCAAGCUGAGAAAAGAAGAAAUGGAGUCACAGGUAAGAUGUGCUGAGCUGGAAAGUAGCUUGGAGAACGAGCGGCUGCGUUUGGGUGAGCUGAGGAAGAAGCACUACGAUUUGGCUGGAGUUCCUCUAAAUGAGGUUCCUGAGGGGAACGGUGACACCUCCUCUUUGUCCAAUCCUGCCACCAUGUCACCAAGCAGCAAGCCGGCUAUAAUGAAAAAACCUACACUGGCCCAGAAACCCAACGUACUAGCCAAAAGCCCGUUUAAGUAA